CCUAUUUUACAGAAAUCUUUUUAAUUAAAUUUUUAAUAACACACUUUCCCAAUUUGACCAUGAAAACCUUUUCAUGGAAAUUACCCCGAAGAGCCAAGUUACUGUUGUUUGUUGUAGUUGCUGUGAUAAUUUACAUUCUUUAUCUUGGAACCAAAACUAAUUCAAUGAGGAGACUAGGAGAUGACUCUUCUAGUUCCGAGAUAAUCAUUGAUAGUGUGUACAAAGACAUGCAAAAACCUGUCUUGGAAAGACCAAAAAACGACCCCAAAACUUUAGGACAAGGAGGUCAUGCUGUAAGACUGAUGGAACCUGGUGAAAGGGAAAAACAAGAGGAAAGCAUUCAGAUAUAUGCUGUUAAUCAGUAUGUGAGUGAAAAAAUAUCCCUCCAUCGUAAAAUCAAGGAUACUCGACAUGAACAAUGUAUAUCUCGUCCUCCUUUUGAUUAUCGGAAUAUGCCAACAACUUCUGUAGUUAUUGCUUUUUAUAAUGAAGGAUGGACAACACUAAUUCGUACAAUAUUCAGUGUACUUCACUCUUCACCUGCUGGUUUGUUGAGGGAAGUAAUUCUGGUGGAUGACUAUAGUGACAAACCGUAUCUCAAAGAACAAUUAGAAAAGUAUUUAAAAGAUAUUGAAAGAGUUCGCUUGAUACGAACUGUGAAGCGUGAAGGACUAGUGCGAGCUCGUUUGCUUGGUGCUUCACAUGCUACAGGGGAUGUUCUAACAUUCUUGGAUUGCCAUUGCGAAUGCAUGGAUGGUUGGCUUGAACCUUUACUUGAACGAAUAAUGCAGGAAGAGUCAGCAGUUGUUGUUCCAGUUAUCGACACUAUUGAUUAUGAUACAUUCCAAUAUUACUAUGGUGGUCAUGAACCCCAAAUUGGUGGGUUUGAUUGGAGAUUAACUUUUCAAUGGCAUUCUAUUCCAUAUGCAGAACGAAAACGUAGGAAAGGACCUGUUGAUCCGAUUCGCUCUCCAACUAUGGCUGGUGGACUCUUUGCUGUCAGUAAAGCCUAUUUUUCGCACAUUGGUACUUACGACACUGGCAUGGAAAUAUGGGGUGGUGAAAACCUUGAAUUAUCUUUCAGAGUAUGGAUGUGUGGCGGAGUGCUAGAAACAAUUCCAUGUUCUCAUGUAGGACAUGUUUUUCCAAAACAAGCACCUUAUCCACGACCCAAGUUUUUGCCCAACACACUUCGUGCAGCAGAAGUUUGGAUGGAUGAAUACAAAAAACAUUUUUACAUUAGAAAUCCCCCCGCCAAAUAUGAAAAAUAUGGGGACAUAAGUGAAAGGAUAAGUUUGCGUGAACACCUCGAUUGUAAAUCUUUCAAGUGGUAUCUAGAAAAUAUAUAUCCAGAUUUACAUGUCCCUGAAGACAAGCCAGGAAGUUAUGGGUCUCUUCAUAACAGAGGGUUCAAUACAUAUUGUUUGGAUUAUGCCCCACCUCCGUCAAAUCCUACAGGUGGAAAAGUAGCAAUGUAUGGCUGUCAUGGACAAGGGGGGAAUCAAUUUUUCGAAUAUACAUCCAGACACGAAAUACGGUUUAAUUCUGAAAAAGAAAUGUGCAUGAGUGCAAUGAAAUCGGAGGAUGGUGUAACUAUGCUUGAUUGUGUAGAAGAUCACAGAGAAGUACCAGAAUUACAAAUAUGGAUUCAAGAUGGUGAAUUAUUCAGGAAUCCUGCAACUAAUAAAUGCGUAGAGGGCGAAGUUAAAGGACAAAAUGCAUUAACUUUCAUCAGAGAUUGUGAUGAAAACAGUAAAGCUCAACAGUGGUUUUGGAUGGAGUGAAAAUAAUUUUAUCAUAAGGAUUGUUUCAAUUGCAUGUACCGCACUGAAGCUAUCAGGUCACUUAGAAUGUCACAUCAAAAUGAGAAGGUUCUUUCCGCUUGGCAUGGGAUUCUGGAUGCAUGUUUUUUUUUUUACAUUUAGAGCUCUCUAGAAUUGUGUAACUUACAAUGUUUUCCAUGCAGUGUUGUCUGAAGUUCAAUGGAUUUGUUGAGAAUUUUAUAUUUAUUUUUGAGGCUUGUUUUUAUCUUUGGUUCAGGCUUAUCUUAAGCUAUCGUAUCGUAAUGCAGUCUUAAUAUAUCAUGGAUAUUGCUACUGCCCAUAUCAAGUGUGUGGUCCUAGUUCAUUAACUCCAUUAGAUCAUAAUAGUGCAUUACUUUAUAUUCAGAUUUAGUUUUUUUCUGUUUUAAUUACCAUUUAACGGCUUGAAACAAUGGUCUCAAAUUUGUACUUUUUUGAAAUAAUAUCAAGUAGUUACGAAUUGGAUAACUUUGGAACUGAGCAUUAUAUACCUAGUGGCGUAAGAUUUUUUCUAGAUUUUAUAUUUGUGAUUUCUCAUGAUUGAAAGAAUUGAUGGACAAAAAUUUACAAAAAUGAAAAUGAUGUUGUGCAUUCCUAUGACAGCUCUCUGCUCUUGUAAAUGAUUUGUCAUAUUCAACAUUUUAAAUCAGUUAUUCAUAAUCAUAAUAUUAUAUUACAAAUCAGAGGACCCCGCAUCGCUUUUGGCUUUUUUGUAUAGCCUAUUUAUUACUUGAUAUUUUCUAAAUUUUAUGCUUUGUAUUUUAUCGAAACUGACCUAUUCUUAGAUGAAUGCUUUUUAUUCUGUAUAUCUUAUAUUUCAAUAUCUAACAUGAACAAUUAUUAACUGUAUUUUAGUUUGACUUAUUCUGCUGUUUGGCUUUUUGCUCUGUUCAAUAUACACAAGACAAUGCUGCAUAAUAAAUAUUAUUUUGUCAGUACCGGUAUGUAUGUAGUACACACAAAUGCUUUUUGUUAUGUAUCUACAAAAAAAGGAUUUAUUUAAGCAAAAUGUCAACAAUGUAAUUUCUAAGUAUUGCUUCUCUGAAAGUUUCAUAUGUAAUAUUGGUGCUUAUCAAAUACAUAAUCCAGAUUUUGACAACUUUACUAUUUAUAUUCACCCAUUGUUUGAUCAAUAACAAAAAUGAGAUUAUAAGUAAAAUCAUAUGUUAUGAGUUUGAAUACUUUUGCCCAGCAUGUCAUGUCAACCUGACUUUAAUCAACUUCACAGAUAUAAUGCACUGUGACAAUGCAGCUUUGCAUUAAAUUUAUCAGGUUGAGAAUAUACCUUAUCAUUUGCAGUAGCACUUUGUGUUUAAUUGAAUAUUAAUUCGAAGCAUUUUGUUUUAAAUACGGUACUAUAUUCUAUAUAAUUUGUAAUAUUGUUUGCCUUCGUGUGUAUUUAUUUUGAAAUUUUUGAUAAUAAUUAUGCUUGAUUCAAAAUGCAAUGUUAGUUGAUAAAAUAAUUUUUAACUCUGCUGUGGUGAAGUUUUGUUUGAAAAUUUUUAUGGAUAACUUUACUAAAAGUUAAUGGAUGAGAUUGAGUUUUAAAGUAGUUAUUUCUAACAUUUUAAAUAGGUAGUUCGCAGAAAUCCAAUUGAUAGCACAUACUUUUUGGUAUUGCUUUCAUAUACUUAUUUGAUGAUAUUAGCUCAAACUUUCCAUUCAAACCUCUAGUACUGUUCGGUAACAAUUAUUAAUAUUAGGACAAAAAUAGACAAAAUGAAUUUUACGUUCAUAUUGCUAAAAUUCAAAAAUAUCUUUAAAUUUGAUAAUGGUACAGCUUCUAUAGUUUAGGUAGUUAUUUAGAACAUAUUUAUGUGUUUGUGUCAUUGCUGCAUCAAGAACUAUUUAUCAGUUCAUCCAUCGGAAUUAGGUCUGUUAUAUACCAAAUGCAGCAAUCAUUUUAUUUUUUGAAGUUAUCUUUUAAUAAAUGUUAUCUAUAUUUAGUAUAAGCAGUAUUUUUGUCUUUUUUUAG